AUUUUGUUUGUCUGAAGGGUUUCGUUUGGUCGGAAUAACUCAUAAUUCACCCGUCAACGGCAGGGUAACAAGCUGCGUAAAGCAGAAGACCGGAGAAAGCAGUUACCAUAGCAGCACUGCGACAUAGAAAGCAUUUUUGAGGAAUGGUUGUCAUUCACUUUGUGAAACGGCAAAAUAUGGCUCGUCUUUUAUUCGGGAGGUUACAACGGCAGUUUGACCAAAGACUGGGGCGGUGUUCAUUCAGAAUAGAGGCUGGGGGGCGCAUUGACCAAACGGGACAGCAGUUACUCAUUGAGCCACAUGAUCUGGAAUAAUCCAGUCCAAAGAGAAACGCCUGCCGACACGCUGUUUGUCACUGACUCAGCAGAUGAAAUCAACUCCACGUAUUCCAAAUCACAGCUGUAGCCGAAUUAGCUUGUGAAGGAGCACCGGCAGGCCUACAAGAUGAGCUUGUGUGUGCUGGAUGAGGAGACCUUCCGUUGCUGCUGUCAGCUCCUCCUGCAGCAGUCAGAGCAGCUGAGAGACGGCUGGAGCUGGGAAGCAGUCCAGGGUUCAGAGGAGGGCUACCUGAGGAAGGCUGCUCUCAGGUCAGUCGUCAUUGACUCGAGUCCAGUGUGGGACCAGGAAGGAUCAAGUUCAGUCUCAGAGCCACACACUUCCUGUCAUUCCUGGCCUGAUCAGCAGGGACAGGAAAAGGAACAGUCUGUUAUUGUUGCCCCAGUUGAUGCUGACAGCAUCAAAGAUGACAUCGAUGAUGAUGAUGAAGAUGACGGGGUCUGCACGGUGUCUGAAGGCAGCAGCCAGGUGCUUCAGUACGAGUAUCACAUCCUGUACUCCUGUAGCUACAGUGCCCCUGUGCUCUAUUUUAGAGCCUUCACUCUGGAGGGGAGGAGCCUGUCAUUAGAGGAGGUGUGGAGCUCUGUUCAUCCGAACUUCAGGCUUCGACUUCAGAAGAGCCCUCUGAAUACAAUCACUCUGCAGGAGCAUCCCCUGCUGGGUCAGCCUUUCUUCAUGCUCCACCCCUGCAGGACAGAGGAGUUUAUGAGGCCUGUGGUGCAGGCGGCUCAGGACCAACACAGGCCAGUGAACUACGUGCUGUCGUGGCUCAGUGUGGUGGGUCCUCUGGUGGGCCUGGACGUCCCUCUGAAGUACUCCACCCAGCUCCAUCCUGCAGCCUCACUCAGCAGCACCAAGCCAGACUGAGGCCGCCCCUGCUCUGCUCCGCUCUGUCAGCGUCCCCGUGGAGCCUCUCUGCAUGGAGGCUGGGUUAUCAACCAGGCGAAGCGGGCACCUGCCCCGGCGCCCCAGACCCCCAGUGGCCCCGAAGGCCCAAGGUUGUCUGUGUGGCAAUUACUUUUUUAAAUGUAAUUGCAAAUUUGUGUGGCAAUAUGCUAAAGCACAAUAAAAAGUGAAAUAGUAAUAAGAGCUUUAGGUAGCUUCUGCAUUUUUAGUCGAGGCCGUUUUGUAGAGAGCCCCUGUGUCAAAACCUAGUUUUAAUACUUUUAGUGUUUCUUUUGAUAUUAUGCGGACACGGUGCACAUUCUUAAACAAAUCUGAGUUUUAAAGGUCAGGGUGGAACAUUUAGGAGGACCUAGCGGCAGAGAUGGGAUAAAAUAUUCAUAAGUAUGUUUUCAUUAGUGUAGAAUCACCUGAAAAGUUUUAGAUUUUUAUUUUGGGUAAAUUAAUUGUUAUAUUAAUCAAGUAAUAAAAAAAAAAUCUUUAGAAUAAUCGAUAAAUUAGUCGUUAGAUUAAUCGACCAAUCGAAGAAAUAAUCAUUAGAUUAAUCGAUAAAACAAUAAUCGUUAGGUGCAGCCCUAAUUCAGUCCAGUCAAAUCAUGUAAAACGUUUACCCUCACAGACUAAGUGGCUCCCUCUGACCAAUACACUGACCUUAUCUGAAACGUUGGUGCAGUGGCCCUGUAAGUUGGGUUUAAUAAUCAUUGGUUAACACCCCUUUGUUGAAUAUAUGUCACAUAUGCAUUAGAUCAGUUAUGUACGGAGCUGUAUUACAUGGCUUCAAUAUGACUCUGUCCAAAUGAAUGAAAAAUGUGACUGCCGUGGUGUUGAUUGUUACCGUGACAAUAGUUAUAUACUUUACAAAUGAAAACUUUUCUCUUUGA